GCUUCCUGAGGAGCUGGCACUUGGGAAGAUUGUUCUGCAGGAAGAGGAGCUGAAAGGCAUUGCAAGUGGAAGAAACAGCUUGGGCCAAGGCCUAAAGAAGGAAGGAGAGCUGAGGCUAUUCCAGGCCUGCACCUACCCCACCAAGACGUCGUCGGGCAGAUCCACCCUCCUGGGCUGGGAGCCUGCCCGCCUUUCCAGGUCUGGUCUUCUCCAUAGUUUUCCCCACGGGGAACCUGUGGGUCUGUGGGCCUGGAAUGGAAGAACUGUGUCUGGGCAGGUAGGGAGGAAAAGGGAAGCGCUGACCAGCUCAACUUUGCUGCCUACUCUUGCGCUCAGGCUCCUGGUAACCAGCCCCAGAAGCGGCAGGACGGCAGGGCCCCUGUACCGGUGUUCCCUCAUUCAGGAUGAGCUCCAUUGCCAGCCAGUAGAGAAUGUCCCCACCCCAAAGGGGAGGCACCGUGGAGUGACAGUUGUCCGGAGCCACCAUGGUGUUUUGAUCUGCAUUCAAGUGCCGACCCGGUGGCCCCAGAGCCUCAGCUCAGAGCUCACAGGCAACUGCAUCCUGCUGGCCCCUGACCUCCGUCCCCGUGCCCAGGUCUACUUCUCCGACCUUGAAAAAUUACUGGACCCUGAUGCCCCUGUGGAUGCUGGAGACUGCUCCAGGAACAAAAAAGGCAGCACGGAGAACACAGCCAGGCAGCGCCGGGAUUUGAAGGUGGAGGAGGAGGAGGAGACAGAGGACGAGGACGAGGAGGCAGCUGGCACUGAGAUCGCCUUCAUCCUGGAUGGCUCAGGAAGCAUUGAUCCUCCAGACUUCCAGAGAGCCAAAGACUUCAUCUCCAACAUGAUGAAGAACAUCUAUGAGAAAUGCUUUGAGUGCAGCUUUGCCCUGGUGCAAUAUGGGGAAGUCAUCCAGACAGAGCUGGACCUUCUGGACAGCCAAGACGUUACAGCCUCCCUCGCCAGAGUCCAGAACAUCACUCAAGUGGGGAAUGUCACCAAGACUGCCUCUGCCAUGCAGCAUGUCCUAGACAACAUCUUCACGCCAAGCCAUGGCUCCAGAGAAAAGGCAUCCAAGGUCAUGGUGGUGCUCACCGAUGGGGACAUAUUCGGGGACCCCCUCAACCUCACAACUGUCAUCGACUCCGCAAAGAUGCAGGGUGUUGAGCGCUUUGCCAUUGGGGUGGGAGAUGCAUUUAAUAAAACUAGGGCGUACAACGAGCUGAAGCUGGUCGCCUCGGACCCCGAUGAGGACCAUGCCUUCAAGGUGACCAACUACUCAGCGCUGGAUGGGCUGCUGAGCAGACUGCAGCAGGGCAUCAUUAGCGUGGAAGGCACGGUCGGAGAUGCCCUCCACUACCAGCUGGCACAGGUCGGGUUCAGCGCGCAGAUCCUGGACGAGGGGCAGGUGCUGCUCGGUGCCGUAGGGGCCUUCGACUGGUCGGGGGGCGCGCUGUUCUACAACAUGAGCAGCCGCAAGGGCCGCUUCCUGAACCAGACGGCAGUGGAUGCCAAGGCUGUGCAGUACAGCUACCUGGGUUACUCGGUGGCUGUGCUGCACAAGGCCUGUGGCCUCUCCUACGUGGCAGGGGCUCCACGGCACAAGCAGCAGGGGGCUGUGUUUGAGCUCCGGGAGGAGGGCAAAGAGACCAACUUUGUACCAGUGCUGGAGGGCGAGCAGAUGGGGUCCUAUUUUGGCUCUGAGCUGUGCCCUGUGGACGUCGACAUGGAUGGGACCACAGACUUGUUGCUGGUGGCCGCCCCGUUUUACCACGUUCAAGGCGAGGAGGGCAGAGUCUAUGUGUACCGUGUGAACAAGCAGGAUGGUUCCUUCUCCUUCGUACGCACGCUGAGCGGGCACCCCGGGUUAACUUACGCGCGAUUUGGCUUUGCCAUGGCGACGGUGGGGGAUAUCAGUCAGGAUCAGCUCAUAGAUGUGGCCAUCGGGGCCCCCCUGGAAGACUUUGGGGCAGAUGACGGCGUGGGCUUCGGCAGCGUGUACAUCUACAAUGGACGCUCUACCAACCAGCUGGUUGACCUCGCUACCAAGCAGCCACAGAGGAUCAGAGCCUCAGUGGCGGCCCCAGGACUCCAGUACUUCGGCACAUCGGUGGCAGGUGGCUUAGAUUUCAGUGGCGACGGCCUUGCCGACAUCACCGUGGGCGCUCUGGGCCAGGCGGCUGUGCUCAGCUCAAGACCUGUGGUUCGUCUGAAGCUGUCCAUGACCUUCACCCCCAAGGCACUGCCCAUUGGCUUCUACAGCAGCGUGAAUGUGCAUUUGUGUUUUGAAAGCAGCUAUGUGUCCCCAGCUGCUGAGUCAGGCCUCAGAGAGACCUCUCUGAACUUCACUUUGGACGUGGAUGUGGUGAAGCAGAGGAAAAGGCUGCAGUGUUCAGAUGAGAGGCUGUGUCAGAGCUCCCUUAGGGAGUGGGGCACGGGCCCCCGUCUCUGUGAGCCCUUCCUGCUGGUUCCCACAGAGGGACAGCUCUGUCAGGAGGACUGCUUCUCCAACAUCAGUGUCAAGGUCAGCUACCAACUCCAGACCCCCGAGGGCCGGAGGGACCAUCCCCAGCCUAUCCUGGACUUCUAUGCUGAGCCUUCUGCCAUCUUCCAGCUGCCCUACGAGAAGGCCUGCAAGAAUAAGCUGUUUUGUGUCGCCGAGCUGCAGCUGGCCACCACCCUCUCUCAGCAGGAAUUGGUGGUGGGUCUCACAAAGGAGCUGAGCAUGAACAUUCGCCUAACUAACUCUGGGGAAGAUUCCUACAUGACAAGCAUGGCUUUGAAUUACCCCAGAAACUUGCAGUUUAAGAGGAUACAAAAGCCUCCUUCUCCAAACAUUCAGUGCGAUGACCCUCAGCCAGCUGCUUCUGUCCUGGUCAUGAACUGCAAGAUCGGUCACCCCAUACUCAAGAGGUCAUCUGCAAACUUUUCAUUAGUUUGGCAACUGGAGGAGAGUGCCUUUCCAAACAGGACAGCCGACAUCGCCGUGACAGUCACCAAUUCCAAUGAAAGAAGGUCUUCGGUCAGUAAGACCCACAGCCUUCAUUUCAAACAUGCCUUCGUUGCAGUUCUUCCCAAACCAUCAGUGACGUACAUGAACACAAGCCAGGCGCUUUCCCACCACAAAGAGUUCCUCUUCAAUAUACAUGGGGAGAACCUCUUUGGAGCCGAGUUCCAGCUGCACAUUUGUGUUCCAGUUAAAUUACAAGGUUUCCAGGUCAUAAGAGUGAAGAACCUGACCAAGACUCAGGCUCACACUGUGUGCACCCAGAGUCCGGAGCGCGUUUGUGGGAGCGAUCUGGUUCAGCAUGUGGAAGAGUGGCAUUCAGUGAGCUGUAACGUCACCUCGGAUAAAGAAAAUGUAACCGUGGCUGCAGAAGUCUCCUUGAGUCAGUCAGAACAGUUACGAAGAGAUGUGACUGAGCUGCACAUCCUUGGUGAAAUAUCUUUCAACAAGUCUCUAUAUGAGGGGCUCAAUGCAGAGAACCAUAGAACUAAGAUCACUGUCAUCUUCCUGAAAGAUGAGGAGGCGUAUUCUCUGUCUCUCAUUAUUAAAAGCAGUGUUGGUGGCCUUCUGGUUUUGAUCGUGAUUGUAGUCAUCCUAGUCAAGUGUGGCUUUUUUAAAAGAAAAUACCAACAACUGAACUUGGAGAGAAUAAGGAAGGCCCAGCUGAAAUCAGAGAAUCUACUGGAAGAAGAAAAUUAGACCAGCUUCCUCAUCCAUUGGGAGAGAGUACCAGCCAGUCCUGGAGACUUCUAGAGACUUGGUGUCGUGUGGAUUACUUUUCCUUUAGGAUUAUAGCAGAAUCCAGCACGUUGUUUUGUGGAAUAUUGUUUUUUAACCUUACAUUGUCCCCAAAGUGUCUGUGCAUUGUGCAAAAAUGAAACUUGGGAGACAUUUGGUAUUAAAUAAAACUGUUUUCUUUA